CUCUCCCAAUCACGAGUGAAUAUGAUCUCCCAGGCACAGCUCCAGGGAAAAGAAAGGGGCUAUUUAGAAACCAGUUUAAAAAAAUAAAAAGUAUUUCCAGGCUUUUUUCCUCCUGCGAGACAUUCAUGGCUGCCACAAACAGGGUGUUUGUGUUCAUACACCAGCUAUAAGUCAGCAGUCACAGUGCAGGGCGAGGACACGUCGUCUUUUGCUGCAGAAAACAAUACAGGAAAUCUGGAAAUGUUUGAUGGUGCAUUUCUCUAAGACCUUCUACGCUAGAAAGACAUUCACCUGGCACACAGAGCUUAUCUCGCUGCCAAGGCAGCAUCAGAAACAGGUGCGAUGCAAUGUUCCUAGGGUACAGCUGGGGAGGCUACUGCAAAGAAAGGGGCAAAAUGCAGUUCUGUUGGCAGGUCUCUUCACAUCCUGAGCAAAUCAUCCCUCUGAAUCAUGCAACCACGCGUUUAAGCAAGAAAGAAUGAAAGGAAUUAGCUUCAACAUUUUUACUUCCCUGUCUCAGUAAAAAAAUAAUGAGGAUGGCUUCAAGAACUGGAAAAAACUCUGAAGGUGAAGUUUUCAAGCAUGGAUUCUUCAUCAAGUCACCACCUCUUCAUCUUAUCAACUCCAAGAAUUCCUGGAAAAGGCGUUAUUUCAUCCUGUCCAAAUCCAACAAGGGCGAUUACAUCCUGAAGUACCUAAAAGGAAUGUACAUGAAAGGCUCCAUAGCUGUUGAUCAGAUCAUAAGUGUUGAAACAGGCAUAAGUAAUUCCGAAAUAAUGGUGAUGGUGAGGAAGAUGUUCAGAUGCUUUCCAGAAGAGGUGAUAUCCAUCACUACUGAAAAUAGAUGUUACUAUCUCAUUGGAAAGAGCAGGCUGGAAAUAGAGGACUGGGUCACGGCCAUAUCUUCCAUCAGGGAGGCCAAAAGAAGUGGAUGCUGCCCUCAGAAUAAAGAUCUUGCAAAUUCAGAAGUCAAAAGUCGGUCCUUCUCUAUGCCACUGUUCUCAAAUUCUAUAGAUAUGACUGAUUCCCUGAGAAGGCAAAGCUACCUGAAGGAUGAUGGUGCCUCAGAAGAUAAGAACAGGCCAAGUUCAGAUCCUGGCCCUCGUCAUGUUCAGAGCAACUCGCCACAAGGAGUUUUUCAAAGACUGGAUAAAACUCUGGGAAAGACUGAGGAAAAUCUGUCAUCAGAUUCAAACGAAGAUCUCGAAAAGGAAGGAGAACCUUAUUACCAAACUCCCAGCAGUCUUUUAGCAAAGUGUAAUAGUGAAAUAUCGGAGAUUGACCCUAUAGCUGAGCCUGAUAUCCCUGUACAAGAGAAGCCGUGUCAAAGGCAGCCAGUGAAGGAGAAUGCUUAUGAGUCAAUGAAGUCACUUAGGCUAACGUGUAGACACAACAGGCUCCAUUCUCCUCCCAGAAGCCUGGAAAACAGUGCAAGUCCAAGCAACUUGGAAGCAGACACAGAUGUAAAACUCCCAGAAAGCACCACACAGCAGCCUUUCCUCAAAAGAAGGCAAAACUCAUCACCACUUUCAGUGGUUCAGUUGUCUAUACUGCUCAGUCAAGUUACAGAUAAGACACAACUGCAAGAAUUGGAUAUUUUGGUCCCCCUGGCAGAUAUUAACAGUUACCUAAAACUUACUGAAGCAGCAGGACAAAUAUGUGUCUCACAGUGGACGGGUCCUUGCCGACUGGGAUGCUUAUUUAACCAUGGAGACCAUAUAGUGGCUGUGAAUGGUCUGCAUCCACAGAACAUGGAGGAGGCUUCCUUGUUCAUCAGCAGGUCCACACAAAAGGAGGUGAAACUUACUGUAUGUAGGAUUCCACAUUCAGAUACCUUCCAUGCUAAAGGCUGUUCAUGUUCCUGAAAAAAGACGUCAAUGAUGAAUAGGAAAGAGGAAUGCUUUAUUUUCUACCGUCAAACAUUCACAUGAUACUGAUCAGCAAAACAAAUACUUCCUUUUCCUGUCAGGAGCGAACUAAGAGGUGAGACAGCCUUAAAGCAACUUCCUUAAAGUUUGUGAGAAUCAUUUCUAAGAAGAGAUGAACAAAGAGGAGCUCCAAACCAUAUGUGGUGGUGAGAAGAAAGAAGCCACCACCCUGGAACUUGCAUAUAACAUUGCUGCUGAAGCAGACUUUGAGUGACACAAAGAGCAACUCUCAGCCAUGGGAGAAUGAUACUUUUGAACAAGAAUGGGCUAUGAGUAGAGAUAUCAAGCACAAAAGGAUUCCAGAAUAUUUCAGAAAACCUGAGAAUUAUUUCUGUACUUCUAUAAGCAGUUACUGAAAUGUUACAUCAAUUGAUUAUUAUGUCAAUUUGCACAACACUAAAUGCAAAUGAUGUAUGUUUACACAAUGUCUGAUUCACAACACUUGCUAGACAUAUAAUAUGAAAGUUAGAUCAGUACAGUAAAUUCUGGUAGGAUGUCUGAAGUUGUCUGUGCGUGUGUAAUUAAUAAAUACAUUACCACUUUACAACACAUA